UGUAUCGCACCACCGAAAGUCGUCGUGCACACCAUUCUCCUCCGAGAUCAUCGUCGCCGUGGAGUUUUUCCUCCAGGCGCGAACGCGCGCGCGCUAAUAAAGCACCUCUCGUAUCGUGGCCAAGCUUUUACUCGUCGCUGAACCGUUGACGGUGCCAGAAGUGAUUUCAACGCGCGAAUUUCGUCGUCGUCGUCGCGUGUGCUGUGUGCUGCGUAGUCAGAAACCUCCAACGAGAGAUCUGACGAAACUGGGGCUAGAAUUUUGCGGCCGAUCAGAACGUGGACGAACCUCAACCGAGACGGAUCUAUCUCUCUUCCUGCGGAGUCCUGCUAGUUUUUUUAGACUUUGGCUUGCUGGAGAGUCCUCGUGACGUGACGUGAUCAUGUCGAACAUAAGUGAUUUCUACCGCGACAAGGUCGUGUUCGUGACCGGGGGAACCGGGUUCAUAGGGAAGAUCGUGGUGGAAAAGUUGCUACGAACAAGUGAAGUAAAGCAAGUCAUACUGUUGGUGCGCGAGAAGAAGAACACACUGCCCGAGCAGAGGAUCAAGGAUAUAUGCGCGUGUCCUGUAUUCGACAGACUGACGAAAAAGUCCCCAAACUACAAAGACCGGAUCAAGGUGGUCGAGGGUGACCUGGAAAAGGAGAACCUCAGCCUGUCGGCAGAAAGCAUGGAGUACCUGCGGGAGAACGUCAAUAUAAUUCUACACAUUGCUGCCACCGUCAAGUUUGAUGAAGAGAUCAUCAAAGCCAUCAGAAUAAACCUGCUGGGAACGCGGGAAGCGCUGGAGAUCGGCAAACACGCCAAGAACAUGGAGAGUUUCAUCUACGUUUCGACGGCCUACUCCAACAGCUACACGGACCACAUUGAGGAGCGCGUCUACCCGGUGGACUUCAACCCGGAGAAGGUGCUGGCGAACCUGCAGGACGAAAAGAUGAAGGAAGAGCUGUUCAAGUACUCGCUCAAGUGGCCAAACACGUACACGUUCACCAAGUCGCUGGCCGAGGUCCUUACCCAGAACUACCGUCAAUACUUCCCAGUGGCCGUUUUGCGGCCAUCCUGCGUUAUGCCUGCCAUCGAUGAGCCCAUCCCCGGCUGGUGCGACAGUAUCUACGGCCCGAACGGCACCUUUAUCGGCUGGUACUAUGGCUUGAUUCGGACGACCCAAAUCGACCCACAUGUGCAGAUCGACACGGUGCCGGUGGACUACGUUAGCAACGCGAUCAUCGCCGUCGGCUGGAAGACGUACGCCACCAGGGAACAAGAGAAGGAAGUACUGGUCUACAACUGCAUCAGCUCCGCGGACAAUCCCCUUACGUUUGAUGAACGACGUCUCGAGUGCGCAAAGGUUGUUGAAAAGCACCCCCUGCUGACGGGGCUGUACACACCACUAUCCAUUGUAACCAGCAGUGACACCAUGUUCCGGAUCUACUCGCUCUUUCUGCACUACCUGCCGGCGUUCGUGCUGGACACGGCUAUGCGGCUACGGGGCGAGAAGCCCCGGCUGGUGAGCACGUACAACAAGAUCGACAAGGUGGUCGAAACGGUCAGGAAGUUUACCAACACCACGUUCUUCUUCGACAACCAGAACAUGCGCGAUCUGUACGUCCAAAUGAACUCUGCCGAUCACCGGCAGUACCCCUGCGACAACCGCAACUACAGCUGGCGGUUAUACUUCGAGCGUGUUGUGCCCGGCCUCAAGAAGUACUUCUUCAAGGAGGAUCUCAACAACGUCAAGCAGGCCAGACUGGUGCAGCGGAAAAAGGAACUCACGGUCCACAGCAUCCUGGCGGUGAUCUUAGCCCUUAUUCUGUUCCAGCUGUACUACCUCCUGUUCUAAAAUUCUAAACCCUUGUGAUGUACAACGACACCCACCCUCCCGAAUUGAAAUGCGCGCUGCUAGUCAUCGCACACGAAACCGCACAAGCCUUAGGCCAUCAUGAAACAACCAACGACGACGACUACCCAAAACUGGAAGGAAACAAUGCAAAGCAUAGUACUUGGAAUAGACCAUGCUGGUAAACCAUGUGGACACAACGCCUUCUUUAUUUCCCUCCCCCUCUUCCCGAGUGUCCAUCUGCUUUACAGGUGGUUCCAUUUACAAAAAAAAAUAUAACAACAUUUGACACUAUUUGCUCAAUUUUCAACAGAAUGUUGCGACAUUCGUAUAGUGUCUCUUUUUAUAAAUAUUUAUUAAAAUAAAGUGUGUAAGUCUACCAAA